GAAUCAUUGAGCGUUUUAUUGAAUUGCGAGUUGAACAAAUGAAGAGAGUACUUCGAAGUCACAGUAUUAGUUACCUACCUACCUACCUACGCGAUCGUGAAAUGCUAUUAAUUAAGUAGUAGUGAAAAUUGAUUAAUAUUUGUAACAUAAUUGUUUUUUAGUUAUUUUUAUUCUAUUUCAUUCGAUUAUUUCAAUAAUUUCGCGAUGGCUGCAGAGAAUCCGAUGUAUACGCCGUUUUUCGGUAUAAUGGGCUCGUCUUCUGCGAUAAUAUUGAGUGCAUUGGGAGCGGCUUAUGGAACAGCGAAAUCUGGCACUGGUAUCGCAGCCAUGUCGGUGAUGAGGCCAGAAUUGAUCAUGAAGUCGAUUAUUCCUGUCAUUAUGGCUGGUAUUAUUGCCAUUUACGGAUUGAUUGUAGCAAUUCUGAUUCUCAAUGACAUCCAUGGUCCAGAAAAAUACAGUUUAUACAGGGGUUUUCUGCAUUUAGGUUCGGGACUAUCUGUCGGUUUUAGCGGUCUAGCUGCCGGUUUUGCUAUCGGUAUCGUUGGUGAUGCUGGUGUCAGAGGUACCGCCCAACAACCUAGACUUUACGUAGGAAUGAUUUUGAUUUUGAUUUUCGCCGAAGUCUUAGGUCUGUAUGGAUUGAUCGUCGCCAUUUAUACACUCAUGCGAUCGUGAAGAAUUUAAUAUGUUCGAUUUAGAGUUGCACUCGUGUAAAUUUAUUAUUAAUAUUAUGUUCAUCCGUUGA